UGGUGCGGGCGGGUGUGGCGGAGUGGAGUGGAGCUGUGCGGGGACUGGAAGCACCAACAACCCCAAGGAAGGGAAAAAAGAAAAAGAACCCCACAGAAGUCUGUUGCAUUUCACCCCCCCCCCCCAAAAGAAAAACGGCGUGAAGAAAACAAAACAUUUUCAUUUCCUCUUUAUUUCUUACAUGAGAAGUUUCAACCGAGACGUCGGCUGGUUCUUUAUUUCUUCUGGGAGGUUGGAAUCGGGAUUAAAGAUAACUUAUUUUCCAACGUAUAACUAACAGACAACAGCCCCCCUCCCCUCUCCCCCUACCCCCCACAAACACACACAAAAAAAACAAAUUAAUCUUCUCAGAAGUGGCCAUGGGUUGCACCAUCAGCGCUGAGGACAAGGCGGCCGCCGAGCGCUCGAAAAUGAUUGAUAAAAACCUGCGGGAGGACGGUGAGAAAGCAGCCCGGGAGGUGAAGUUGCUGUUGUUGGGUGCUGGAGAAUCAGGGAAAAGCACAAUUGUGAAACAGAUGAAGAUUAUUCAUGAAGAUGGAUACUCGGAAGAAGAAUGUAGGCAGUACAAAGCUGUGGUGUACAGCAACACCAUCCAGUCUAUAAUGGCCAUCAUCAAAGCAAUGGGAAACCUGAAGAUUGACUUUGGAGAGUCCAGCAGAGCUGAUGAUGCCCGUCAGUUGUUUGCAUUGUCUGGGACUGCUGAGGAACAGGGUAUCUUGCCUGAAGACCUGGCAAAUGUGAUCAGGAGGCUUUGGGCUGAUGCUGGAGUUCAGGCUUGUUUUGGUCGAUCCAGGGAAUACCAACUUAAUGACUCUGCUGCAUACUAUCUGAAUGAUCUUGAAAGGAUAGCAAGAUCUGAUUACAUCCCCACCCAGCAAGAUGUAUUGCGAACAAGAGUCAAAACUACAGGCAUUGUCGAGACCCACUUUACUUUUAAGGACCUACAUUUCAAGAUGUUUGAUGUUGGUGGGCAAAGGUCUGAGAGAAAGAAGUGGAUCCAUUGCUUUGAAGGUGUCACUGCUAUCAUUUUCUGUGUCGCUCUCAGUGCCUAUGACUUGGUCCUUGCUGAGGAUGAAGAGAUGAACCGCAUGCACGAGAGCAUGAAACUGUUUGACAGUAUUUGCAACAACAAAUGGUUCACGGACACCUCAAUCAUUCUCUUCCUCAACAAGAAGGAUCUCUUUGAAGAGAAGAUCACCAAGAGUCCUUUGUCUAUCUGCUUCCCUGAAUAUUCAGGGGCAAAUGAGUAUGAUGCAGCUGCUGGUUACAUCCAGACCAAAUUUGAAGACCUAAAUAAGCGGAAGGACACCAAGGAAAUCUACACACACUUUACAUGUGCCACCGACACAAAGAACGUGCAAUUUGUUUUUGAUGCCGUCACCGAUGUCAUUAUCAAGAAUAACUUGAAGGAUUGUGGCCUCUUCUAAGAACUUAAGUGAGGAUGAAGAGUUACUUGAACUGCACGGUGUGGAGGAUUCUAGAGGAAGGACUGCAUCAAUAAAAUCAGCUUUCUGCUUUUAACUGCUUUUGUUUCCAGAGACUUAAGACCAUACAUGCAUCACAAUCUUAUCCAAUCUUUCUAUCCCCUGAUAAUGCAACAUUUGUACUAUUUAAUUAAUUUUAUUUUUACAAAAAUGCCUUGUUUUGGUGUAUCACCUGGCAAAUAUUUGCUGGUGCCGCUGCAAUUCUCCAUUCUUCAGUUAUGUCACAUAUGAAUGCCGUGUGUUUAAAUGGGCAUUUUGGUUGUGUAGAGCAUGUAAGAAAUUAAGUAUGGUUCCAUAAAACACAAUGGCUUAACAAAAAGAAACAAGUCAUUAAUCCACUGGUGUUCCUGUCCACAAAUAAAAAUCCCUGUGUGUGUGAGAGAGUUAGUUUGUCAGCCAAGUUGCAUGUAAAUUAUAGCUGUCUUCUUUUCAUUUGCGCAACUAGCAUACAUUAUCUUAAUGAUUUUAAGUGUUUUAAGAAAUGGCUUGGGAAAGGCUCUAUUAGCUAAGAAGCUGCAAAUUCAUUUAACAUAUAUUUAAAAUGUAAGUAACCUACAAUGUACUGAUAUGAAUUUUGCUGCAGUAAGUUUUGUGCCUUGAAUAUAACUUUGUUUACAGUUGAAACUUGGUUCUGCUUAUUUUGGUUUUUAUUUCAUCCCUGUCCCAUGUAAGUUGUGAUAGGAACAGUUCACUUUAUUUUGGCUUGUCCAAAUGACAGGUGUUAUGAGCAAAGGACCUGUUAGAUGCUUGUCUAUUCACUUUAUACGUGAGAAUGUUUGGUCCCAAAUUAAAUUUCUGUUUACACCAUUAAUUCCAAGUGCUAAGACGGAUUUGUCCUUGGUCCAGAUUUUAAAUGCAGUAAAAUUUCUUAUACAUGAUUUAAUGAUGAACUCCCUUCUCAAAGUUCUUUUUUUUAUCUCAAAAAACCUCCCCAAAUCUCCAUUUGUUUUCACGAGGUUAGUCAAUCCAUUGCCGAGCUACCGUCUAUGCCAUUCUACUUCCAUCCUGACCCAUUGAUCUGGUUAAUUUUCUGUUGUAUUUGUGUCUUUGACCACUGCCAGAUCCUCAUCCUCAAUUCAGACAUGGAAUGCUCUCUUCAAAAUCAUUUCUCCUUAUUCUAGCGACCAAUCUUAACGGUUUCCGUUGUCUGCUCCCCAUCUUCGAUAGUUGGAUGUGGUAGCUUCAGUGUAAAGUUUCAUCUCGCCUGUCUGUCAGUUAAUGGAGUAAGUAUCUGAAGAUGGACUGGUUUUGAGGGCUCAUAACACUAUGGAUGUCAACUAAUGGCCUUGCAUUCUGCCUUCUGGCCAGCACACAACCAUUAUCUGAACCGUUUCAGAUCGAAUUACUGGAGCAAAAUGUUCCUUAGUAGUCUUUUUCUUCCCCACUACCUCUCACAAUAAUGUCAAUGCACACUGUCAGAUGAUACACAAGCUCAAUAGGUGUCCUAUAGAUGAAAUUCCUCAUCACAUGAACUACUCUAAAUUGAAAACCCCUUUGCUGUUUUUUGCCUCCAAAUUGAUGAUAGUAAUGGAUCAGUUUGUUGUUUGCUGUAACUUAUGCUUGAGACUCAAAGGGUGCCUCUGUGUAUAAUUCGCUCCCUUAUAUCAGAUAUUCAACAGUCCUUGCUCACAGAUAUUUCCGUCAUUAUUCAUUAAUCCCUCUUGUUCAAUUGAGCACUACUUUUGCCUGCAACCGCUCAAUUUAUCAGAAUCAUUGUCAGAUCGUGUGAUUGGCAAUCCUCUGAAAUAAUAACCAAUUUGGGAUAUGCUGCAUAUACUGUGGUCAUACCCAGUGCCUGAAAAAAUGAAGCUUUCAAUGGCCUUUUACUUGACAGUUGCCUGCUCAUUUUACAGCGUGUUGUGUAUGUAUAAUCUUUGCUUUGAGCUCCAAGCAUAAUUAAAAAUGCUUGUGACCCUGAUCUGCAGAUAGAUAGCAGCUGUAACGGUUUGUGUAAACUUUCUAAAAGCUUUCUUUGUGACAGUUAACUUUCAUAGACAAUGCAAGUGUCUUUCAUGUUGUAAGUACUAAUACUGGGCUUUUGAUGUUUCAGCAUGGUUCCUCAGGCGAUUCCAACUCUGCAACGAGCUCUAUUUAUUCCUUGUUAGUUACAAAUGAACAUUAAGUGUUUCACUUCUGUAAAUUUAGAAGAAGGUUUUCAGCUUGGCUUCACUUGGAUGUAAUUAGGGUUUCUAGAUUUAAAGAUUCCAUUUUAGUCUGUCAUGUGUAGCUAAUGAAAUUAAGUUUAAUGUAAAGUCAUCCAUUUAAACACAAAAUUGGGACUGAUUAACAGAUUAUCAGAAACCCAGAUGAAAUCCCUCACAUGGCAGCACUUUUAACAUUCCAGAUACUAAGUAAAUAUUUCUGUUCUGUUUAACAAAAGAUUUCAAAGUUUAACUCUGAUCACCACCGUUUCAAUCCAAAAGGCAACAUAUCGUACUGCUUUCAUUAUUAAAUGUGCGAUUAGACGCUGCAGUUUGAGCAGCUAAUUUAAGGAGCAUAUUUGAUUGUGGACUCAUCAAAAUACAUUUUAAUUCAAACCACAGUCUUGAUUGGAGAGAGGAAUUACUGUAUUUGUGUCUGAGAUGUUUGGUGGUUUUGAAUAGUAUAAUUUUAAUAAGUGAUGCAGUUUUAAAGAAUUUGAAUGCAUUGAUUUUUAUUCCAAUGUGUAAUUCUUUAUUGUGCAGAAAAAUCUUUUAACGCUGUCUUUGGCCUUCAUUUCACUUAUUGCGUUUUUUUAAAAUGAAGUAAUUCUUAGCUUGCGUUAUAGAUCCUGUAGAAAUUGUUCGGUAAUAUAAUAAUAGAAAAUUUGUAUUCUGAGAGAAAGCUGAAGUACAUGAAGGAAGGUUGAAGAACAUUUAAUGUUUUGUUAUAUUUGCCAAGCUUUUUGGGUUGUGUUAACUCGGAUGACAUGCAACCAUCUUUCCUAAUGGUAAUGUUAAGCAUUUUGGGCACAGGGCAGGCUGGGUGGGGCAGGGUGGGCCAAUGGUUGCAAUUUGACAAUAUUUGACUAUUACUUGUCAUCAUUUAAUGUUACUUACACACACCCACAUUUAAGUUUAGUUUGUAUUGAGGCCAAAUGUAUUGCAACCACGUUGUUUCUUACAAUAUGUUACCUGGUGUAAAAACAAAUAAAAGACCAAAUUAAUAAAGUACUUUUUAGUAGGAUUGCA